AUGGCUUGGCGACGUCCGUUUGGCGAACGCGCUAGCGCGCAAGGGAUGGCUGUUAUAGGUCAACGAGAGCAGAUCUCGAAUGGCAGCACCCAGUACAUAGGCGAGAAAGGAGGCAACGAUGCGCCGCCUACCUAUCAAGAUGCCUCUGGAGCGCCUGUCGAGAAUAAUUCGCCCCUGGGAUACGAUGUUGGCCCCGUUACGAUCACACUACUGAACAUCACGAUGAUGAUUGGCGCGGGUAUCUAUUCUACUCCCGCUUCUAUCUUGAAUGGUACUGGCUCCGUCGGUGUCAGCUUCAUUUAUUGGACCCUUGGCUACCUGCUGUGCCUUGCAUCCGGAGCGGUAUAUCUCGAAUUCACGGCGUACUUCCCCAGUCGAUCAGGAUCUGAGGUUGUCUUCCUUGAACAAGCCUAUCCCCGCCCCAUGUGGUUGUUUCCAACUACAUUUGCUGUCCAGAGCGUCAUUCUCUCUUUCGGAAGUGCCAACGCUACCGUCAUGGCAAACUAUCUUAUUGCCAUCUCAGGAUAUGAGGGCACCAACUGGCAAAUCAAGGGCACCGCCCUGGCCUGCUACAGUCUGGCCACAUUGACUCUGGUUUUCAACACAAAGUAUGCAUACUGGUUCUCCAACGGUGUUGGUAUCGUGAAGAUCUGCACCUUGCUUUUUGUCAUCAUCACCGGUUUCGUCGUACUCGGUGGUGGCACCCGAGUUGAGAAUCCGACCGCCAAUUUCCAGGAUGCCUGGUCCGGGAGCAAGACAGCUAGCGCGUAUGGCAUGACAACAGCUCUUUACCGCAUUAUUUUCUCCUACGGCGGCUAUAACAAUGCUUUCAAUGUCGCUAACGAAGUUAAGAACCCUGUGAGAUCACUCAAGAUCUACGCAACGGCGGCCUUGACAACGGUGUAUAUCCUGUACAUGUUUGCCAAUGUUGCGUUCUUUGCCGCUGUACCUAGGGAACUACUGGAGAAAUCCGGCCUUACUGUGGCCAGCUUGUUCUUUACACAAGUCUUCGGCAAUAGUGGCGCUGUCCGUGGACUCAACUUCUUGAUCGCCCUAGCUUCCUUUGGAAACAUGAUUGCAGUCAUAAUCGGUUUGUCUCGACGCAUCAGAGAGUGUGGUCGACAGGGUGUCUUGCCAUACACGAGGUUCUGGGUUUCUACCAAGCCCUUCGGUACCCCUCUUGGACCUUAUCUUGUCAUUUGGUCUCUCACGGCUCUGAUGAUUCUGGCGGUCCCUGCCGGAGAUGCAUUUACCUUUGUGAAUGAUCUCGGAGUUUUCCCUUCAGCCGCCUUCAACUUGGCCAUGGCUGUAGGUAUCUAUGUUGUCCGCUGGCGCCGUAGAAAUGCCAACCUCCCGGAGCCUGAGUUCAGAGCUUGGCAUGUGGUCAUCAUCUUCAAUAUCUGCAUUCAACUCUACCUUCUCAUCAUGCCCUGGUACCCCCCGGCAGGUGGGCAAUAUGCCGGCGAUGUCAGCUUCUGGUACGCGACGUACGCAGUCACUGGUGUCGGAAUUCUCCUUGUCUGCGCGGCCUACUACUGGCUCUGGGCUUCCCUCCUUCCCAAGUGGAGAGGUUACAAGCUUAGGCAAGAGCUUGUCAGCUUUGAUGACGGGGCUCAAAGCAAUCAACUCCGGAAGAUUCCCAACGCUGAGGUCUCGGAAUGGGACAGCACUCACGAUGCGAGUGGUCGCUUUAUUGGACCAUCUGCCGAUGAGGCUCAUGUGCAUGAAAAGGGGAUACGAGUCUCUUCCGAGGGAAGUCACUCUGAUACCGGCAAACAAGUCCCAACCGCAGUGAGAGAAAGUCACGAUGUCUGA